UUAAUAUGGAGUUAUAAUCAUGGCAGAUGGAGAAAACGAUGUUGUUCUAAGUUUUAACGACAGUUUAGUGCGAAAAUCUGAUAUUGAUUUACUUGACGGUCCUCAUUGGUUGAAUGAUAUUCUAAUAGGCUUUUGUUUCGAAUAUUUUGAACGAGAGAAAUUCAAUCAUUCAGCAGAUAGAGUAGCAUUGAUAUCUCCUGAUGUGGCCCAAUUUAUAAAACUAGCUCAGGCAGCAGACCUUACUUCUAGCCUAGAAUCACUUAAUCUGCCAACAAAACAGUUUGUAUUUCUACCUGUCAAUGACAACGAAAAUUCAGAAACAGCAGGUGGCUCCCAUUGGAGUUUAUUAGUGUAUAUAAGAAGUAAACAAGAGUUUAGACAUUACGAUUCCUGUAGCAGACAUAAUGAAGAUAUAGCCAAAAAAUUAGCAUAUAAGAUUCAGCCUCAUGUACAUGCCCCUAUGGGAAGAAUGAAGUUUAUAGAAAUGGACGGACCUCAACAAGAAAACAGUUAUGACUGUGGAGUUUAUUUGAUAGCUACAGCAGAACAUUUAUGUAAAGAGUUAUGUGAAGGUUACAACAUUCAUCUGAAUGAUUUAGUGACUCAGGAAUAUGUAAGAAUUAAACGCACCCAAAUUAAAGAACUUAUAUAUCAAGUCGUGGAGGAAUUUGGAAUUCGCAGUUGACAGUCAGAUAUUUUAGAUGUAAUCUAUUAAUCAAAAAUACCUAAUAGAGAUGUAUGUUGUUGGACGAAAAUGAGUUGUUUACUUCAUUAAAAUGUGACGAUUCAUACAAUUUUGAAAAGUAUUUAGGAAGAAGGAUUAACAGCAUUUAGCGGGAAGAUUUUUUUGUUGUUCUAAUCUUUGUUACUAUGUUUUAUAUAAGAUAAAUUUUUAAAUAUGUAAUUUUUCUAAAACACAAUUUUUGUCUUUAUAAUUUGAAAGUGAGACAGUUUAUCAAUAUUUUAACACAGUUAAUAUUCGAUAACCUCUGAAUUUGUUUCAGUAUUGAUAUUGAGUAAGUGAUUAUUUUGAUAAGUUAUUGCAAGUGUAACAGUUUGCUGAAUGUGGUUUGAAUAUACAAAAUGAAAAAUUGAAUGAACUCAGGGCUUAAUUUAAUAUUGUUAAAUACCUAUAAAAUCAGAAUGUAAACAAAUAAAGUUUUUAAGAGUAUGUAAAUAACUGUAGCAGUGCUGUAAAUAAGGUCAGAUUUUUAAUGUGUCAAAUUUAUACUUCAUAAUGUCUGUUAUAUACAUCAGACCAUGGAUUUGUGUUAUCAGGUAUUUUGAUUUUAAAAACCCAAUCAUAUUUAUACAUGUGGGGUGAUUGUAAAAGUUUUUUUUUGAGUGAGUAUAACCUGCUCCCUUAUAAUAGCUUAACUUCCUUCAUAUAGGUUUGAAAGUCCUGAAAGAUACUUGUUCUUUUGUUUUAAUAUGUAGAGUUCUGUCCUUUCUUACAUAAGUUAACAUUGAGAUAAACAAUUCUGAAUAAAAAAAUAAACGAUUAAACAUCCAAUAGUCAUGUCCAGCUUUGAUUCUAUUUCAAAUGCAAACAAGAUGGCACAAUUUUAAGUUAUUUCCCAAGACCAUUGUUUUGUGACCUUAGGUGCUUUGAUCAUAAACAAGUUUAGUAUUUCUAUCAUUCUUUGAAUGUCGAAAAUCCUAACAUUACUCUAUACAACAGCAAACUUACCAAUCAUUAGCUCUGAUAUGAUCUCUAAAUACUGUAAACCAACUUAAUUUCGUGAAUACUUGAUUUCGUGUUUCACCCUUUCUAGCCUAUUUUGCGGCGAUUAAAGUUCGGGAUUUUCAAUUUCUUGAUGUAGUUAUAUUAGGAAAGAUCAAAGUUUUACAUAUUAGGGACGCAACGAUUUAUAUUUGUGUUAUUUUUCUAAUCUGGAAAAUGAAUUGCUCAUGAAAAUAAGUUGGUUUACAGUAAUUAAAGUCAAAGUUUGAUACUUUAUAAAGAUCUCCACAACCAUAAUUGCCAAAAGGAAGAAUUGUAAUUGAUAUGGUUAUCAUCAGUUAAUAGGCAUUGAUGAUCAUAAAAUACACAAAGACUUACAAGUUGUGGAUGAAUUCAGACAGGGUGAUAAAGAUUUGACAAUCUGUUCUUUUUUCUUUGCACUAAAUUAUUUUCCAGAUGUAUGAAAUGUGUAAUGCGAUCCUACAAUCUGAGUCUUACCUAUCUUUUGGAAUAUCACAUCUGAUAACUCUUUCAUGCUUUAAAUGACUUUUCAACCCUUUUUAUGAAAUGCACAUACUCAAAAAACUAGAUCCUUAUUGUUCUGAAUUUUUUGCCAGUUUGAUAUUGUAUUAAAUAAAAUGCAUAUAUGGGAUGCAAAUAUUACACAAAAUCUAUAAAUAGAGGCCAGAUGAAGUGAAUACUUAAGUGCCAUGUGUUAUGUGAACAUCAAAAUACUUAGUGUGACACAUCUUUAACCUAUGCUUUUACCAACAUUAAAGUGCCUUAUAUGAGAAUUUCUGCACAUGAAUUAUACUACUAUUAAUAUUGCUUUAUUAGUGUGUAAGAUUUUUUGGUAGAUGUCCUACUUGCAUCAAGCUGCAAGGAAUAUCAAUUUACCCUUGUGACUUUGGUUAUGUAUUGGGUUUAGAUACUUAUGUCAGAUAUAUAUGGUACUAAAUGUAAAUGGUUCACCACUACAGUCUAUGCUUUACAGUAACAUCAAGGUCGGUGUUUCACUUUAUUGAAAGUAAAGUCUAUAGAACGGACACAUAAUCUAGUUUUGACAAUAUCUAUUCACAUUUAUUUUGAAGAAUAGUGCACCAGUAUACAUACAACUAAGAAAAAACCCAACAAGAUUUCAAAUUUCUAUACAUGGACAAUACUCGAUCUUCCAUAAAAAUUUUAUUUCAGGGGAAAAUUUUAAAUAGUGCAUGCAAAAAAUGUAAUCAGAUGAUAGUAUUAUAAAUAUCUAUAUAAUAUGCUCAUGGAUAUAAGCUUCCAUGUAUUAUCUAAAUUCUGGUUUGUAGAAAAAAUAAUCAGUAUCAUAGAAGGUUUAUGUUGGUUGUGUAAUACAUAUAGCUACCUUGUAUAGUUGAAAUUGAUGGCUGUUUAUAUUUGUUAGAAUGUUUUCAUUUUAAUACAUACUUAUAGAGAUGAACCAGUUGAAGGGAUACAUCAUAAGACAAAUUGUCAUUUUUGCAGGGCAUGAGUUUUUAUUCAAAUAUUGAAGACUUUCCAGGAGCUUUGAGGAUGCAAACUGUAAUUUUAAAAGUACUUUAAUGUUGAUGGAUUGUAUUUCAUGAGGUUUUUGUGUUUGUCCAUUGUAAAUCCUUCCUAUUCAAGCUAGUCAACCUUACAAGCUUUUCCUUAGAUAAAGAAUUUUGUUUUCACAACUGAUUCUGUAUACAUGUAAUAUACUUUUUAUUUAAACAAGCAGUUGCUGCCACAAUGUUGAUAUGUUUAUUGACUUUGCAAGACCAACAAAAUGCCUACCAUUUGCUUGUCAGCUUGUAAACAUUUUGAACAUUGCAAAGUCAAAAUUGUUUUAAGUGUGGUAGAUUUAGUCAUCAUGAAAAAACUAUAAUUAACUGGUUACAAUGUUCAAAAUAUUUACAGGUUUAAACAAUGUUUUAAUAUUGUGCAAGUUAUGUACGACAAGAUCUUGUGUCUUCCUUACAAUCUUAGAAAUUAAAACCCAAAAGUGGUAGUAUUGUGACGAAAUUAGAAGAAUGACAUCAAGGGCCUCAUUAUAAGCUAUCCAAUCCCAGAGAAAACAGCUUAAGCUGAUGUACAUGUACUUCUAAGAAAUUUACAUCAUAUAUAAGAUAAGAAAUAAGAUGACAACCAUGUAGAGCUGUAAAAAAAUGUGACAAAGUCCGGGACAACAACAAGACAUAAACAACAAACAAAUUACUCAUGAUGAAAUAAACAAGAAUGACUCUGAAAUAGUAUAUACAACAAUUAAAUAUAUGAAAGUACAUGUACAUGAUAAUUAUAUCUUUGGUGCGAAAAAUUUUGACAAUCAUAUUCAUUAAAAACUGAACUUACCCUUCGAAAAAUCUUUAAAUCUUAAAAGACCUUCUUUGUAACACUCCUAACAUUGUGUAUGAAAUUUAUGAAAACCAUAAAAACAAAUGGGUUAUUGUAUUAUAACUUAUAUAAAGAUUGUCUGUACAUAAUAGUCCCAUAGUUCACUAUUGAUAUGGAGCUCAAUUUUUGUAAACCCAAUAUUGUGUAUAAAGGUUAGGACAUUUCUGUAAAAUCUAACGAUUUAUUGUAUGACAUAGAGAGUGCCGACAGACAGAGUAAUUACUAUUGUUAUGCAGUGAUAAAUAAUAGCAUAAAGCUUAUUAUAGUUAUUUGUAUGUAAAGUUAAGUUUGAAAUAAUUGCAUGAUAUUUGUAUUGGUUUUUAGUAAUUUUCACAAAUGUUUGUAUAGGUAUUGGUUGGCGAUAUUUAGGCUUUUCAGAGAUUUUAUUUAUAUUUCAGUUAUAUAUUUUUUUAUUCGGCACUGGUGGUGUGUUUCUCAAGAUAGUCACUUGUGGAUUUUGGUAUCUCAAGUUUAUUAUUCAAAUGAUAGAUAGUUAGUAGGUGCUACAAUUUCUAUGACAUUGAUAUAUUGGUAUGAAAGUACUGUUGUUGAUAGUGCUUAUACUUUCCUGACAAUCGAUCUUUGUAGAAAUAUUCAUGUAGAAUUAAAAGGAUGCAAAAACAAAUCAUCUUGAAAUGAAAUAACACAAGAAGAAUUUUACCAACUUAAAUAAGGUGUUGCAAAUAGGUUAGAGACAUUGUUUUGCAAAAAAUGAAAGGUUGAUGUGUAUAGUUCAGUCAUUUUUUGUUUACAAAAUAGUAAUGGUGUUUUUACCUCUAGGAAGAUCCACUUGCAAGUUCUAUAGAUGUAGAAAUUUUAGGAAGAACCUUGUUUUUGUGUACUUAUAUUAAGGUUAUUUGGAAGAGUUAUAUUUAUGGUGAAUAUUUGAUUUUAUAUCUUAGAUAACAAGACUAUUUUUGGACUGUCAUUAUUUUCAGAUAUUGUCAUAAAUAUAUGUACCAUAUAUCAGAAAGUGUGUGUUUUCAUUUUUUUCAUCCAAAUACAAAAAAAUCAUGCCAAAUUCCAAUUUAAUGAAAAUAUCUUGUAUUUACAGUUAAUUUCAUGAUGUGAAUUGAUUUUGUUUGCACAUGUUAUUCUGUUGUUAUGACUUGAGGAACAUGUGACACUUUUUUACAUAGUUAUCCAUUUGCAAGUUAGUUGCACAAGGAUUUGAAAAGCCAUUGUUGAUUUGUGUGUUUUGUCUAUACCACUCUUGUAGGCUCUAGAAUCCAGUCUUGUAUCCGUCUUUAUCAAAUAUUAGCCAUUGCAUGGCCAUUGGUUACAGCUGAUUUAAAUUUAGGGUUAGGGAUCAAAGGUGAAGAUCCUAACAUAACAAGAUUGAAGCUUGUAAGCAUUAUGCAGCUCUACUCAUGUAUCUACACUUCACUAGAAUUUGCUGCAUGGCCAUCAGGUUUGCUUGCACUCUAUUCAAGGUCAUGAAGUGAAAUUCAACCAAUUCUCAUCAGGUAUUAUGAAUUGACUCCUAUUCAGUUUCAAGAUCAAGGGUCAAGGUCAUAACUUUUUUAAGGGUUAACUUUAGCCUCAAAUCUUUAUCAAAUAUCAUGUAUGCCUCUGCCAUGUGGAUUGUUUACAGGCUAUUUAAUAUCAGGUCAAAGAUCAAAGGUCAAGGUCACAAGAUAGUUGACGAUACCUUAAGAUUUUAAAGAAUGAAGGCAAGUUGGAGAUUCAGUCUUACCGGUAUUUUCAAUCUACAUUAUAGACAACUAGCGGAGAGGAGCUUGGAUCCUAUAAAAUUCAAAAUUCAGAAUUCAAGGGAAAGGAUAUUUGACUCUAUUUUAGAUAGGGCCAUUCAAUUUAUGGGGGAUCACUAAAGGAUAUUGCUAGGUCCUCCAUUCUGAAUCUGUCAAAAAUAAAUAUAAUGUUGAUGUAUUUUAUCUUUAAUUACUUACUCAGUAGCCAAAAGUUGAAUGCUGACUAUUGAAAAAAAUAUUCGUAGAUCAUCUUAUCAUUAUGUGAACUAUGGUAAAGUUCUAUCUAAUCUCAUAGUUUCUGAGGCAGCGUUUGAUAAUUUGUUUUACUACAUAUAAUUGAUUAUACUUUCUGGUGUUUAACAAAACAUCCCACUUUAAGGUUUGUUAGAAGUGGGAAUUUCAAUUUAAUAUAAUUGUUACAUUUUUAUUGAUAUAUGACUUUAUAAACUGACAUUUAGAACAGUAUUUAAAACUUAUGUAGCGUUUGUUAAAUAGUCUAAAUAACUGUAGGUAAACCCUUGUUAGGCCCGGGUUUUUUAAUUUGUUGGUUUACGAAUUUUUUUAUGUGAAAAAGUCGGGUCCGGCGAUCAGAAAAAAAAAUUCUUACAAGGCAGAAAUAUAUAUAAAUUUGAUAAAUAUUUCAGCUUUCUAACAAUAGUUUUGUAUGUUUUUUCUUAAUUUUCAGUUCCCAACAUUAUUGCGAAGCUGUUUUAAACGUACAAGGCAUACCAUCAUCACAUAAGUUUGUAAAAAUGGUUAUGUCCACCGAAAAAUAGGAAAACAAAUGGUCAUUUCAAUAACGAAAAAAAAAACAUAUACUCUUUGCUUUUUAUCAACUUUCAGGAAACAAAGUGAAUAAUGAUCUUCAAGCACAAAAACACUUGAAAUAAAAGUUUUUGUUGCACGAAAAUAACACUUUACCAUCAAUGUCAUAAUAGGAACAAGAAAAUUCCUUAUUGUUUGAGGAUAUAUGUUACUUUUAAAUUGAUGUCUUUCACAUUUGGACUGGUCCAUUUCAUCUAUGAGAUGAAAAAUCUUACGGAAUUAAGAAGAAAAAUGAAAACGAUUUUUUUGUAAUGGGCUUUCAACAGAGGUUUUAUUUCGCAAAAAUAUUUACACAAACAACAUUUCAAGGUCAGUUUUGAUUGUCUAUUUUUAGGCACACAAACAUUACGGAUUAUUUUUAGAUUUUUAUUCUUUUAGAAAUGUUUUAACAUGCUAAAAUAAUGCAUUUAAUUUCAGGAAAAAGUUACUACAUAGAUAUUUUUAUUCAUAUUUCAGGGGCAAUGUAUUUGUUAGGAUCAGCGGGGAUAAAAAAGCAUGAAAUGUAAUUUCAUUUCUUUCUGAAAAUCUGUAAAAUAGGGCCAGCGGAUCCGUAAAACAACAAAUUAAAAAACCUUGGCCUUAGAUAUAUAGAUAAAUGUGAGAAUCUGAUUUAAAUACUUUGAUACUUUUACUAUCUUACAUGAUAACUGAGUCAUUAUAAAAAGUAGAUGUGAAGUUAGUAAAUAUGUUUCAGUUAGAAAACUUUGAGUGCAUUUAAGUAUGGGUUUACCAUUGGAGUAUAGGUUAACAGUAUGUAUAAACAAAUUUUCAAUAGUUUAAUUUUAUGCAUUUUACUAAAUGAAAUAUAAACAAUAAUGUAUAGUGUGUUUCGAUAUAAUAAUGUUAUCCAAUAUGUUAUUAUCAAUUAUACUCAUUAAAUAAAAACUAUGUUAUUGCUCACAAUAAAGUUGCAGUUGAUUUGA